AUGUCUCAUUCAGUUGAAUCAUCAUUAUCUUUUUUUUCACCCAUAUCAUCUAAACUUGUGUCACCCAGUACAAACAAAAACGACAAAGAGAUAAAUCAAACAACAGAAUUUUUAUUACCUCUUUCACCACUUUUUGAUGCUACUAUUGAUGAUGAUUAUUUGGCUGUUCAAUCAUUAUUAAUCAAAAAUUAUGAUGUUAAUACUAAAGAUAUUGAUGGUAUAACUGCUUUACAUUUAUGUGCUUUUUUCAAUUGUGUGGCAACAUGCGAUACAUUAUGUGCGCGUCGAGCAUUUGUCAAUGCUAAAGAUAAUCAAUUAUUAACUCCACUAUUUUAUGCAUGUAAAGCGAACUGUCCGACGAUUGUACGAACACUUAUUGAUCAUGGUGCUGAUUGUGAUGCUCAAAAUAAACAUUGGCAAACUCCAUUACAUAUAUGUGCAUUAUCAUCUGAUACAUCAUGUGCUUGUUAUCUUAUUAAUCAUGUUACAAAUGUUGAUACAACUGAUCAAUAUGGACUUACAGCUCUUCAUUAUGCUUGUAUGACCGGAAAUAUUGAGAUGGUGAAAUUAUUGAUUGAUGCAGGAGCAAAUGUAAAUUUAUGUGAUCGUAAACAUAAUUAUCCACUUCAUUGGACAUUAACUAAAGGAUCAAUUGAAAUAUUGAAUAUUUUACUUAAUGCACAUGUUAAUCUAAAUUGUAUUAAUGAUCAAGGUCUAACACCUUUACAUCUUUGUAUUAUUGGUAAUCAUAUUGAUCCUAUUCGAAAACUACUUGAUUCAAAUGCUAAUAUUAAUGCAAGAACACAUAAUGGUAGUUUGCCUAUUCAUUUGGCUGCCUAUCUUGGCAAUAUAGAUAUUUUUGAUUUGCUUAAUAAUCAUUCAAAAGCUCCGCUGUUAACAGAAACCGAUCAACAAGAAAAUACUAUUCUUCAUUUUGCUGCUGCAACAAAAUCCACAGAAUCAAAUAUCGUUCAACAUAUAUUAUCUAAACUACAAACAUCAUUAGUCAAUAUACAAAAUUUCAAAAAUCAAACUCCAUUACAUAUAGCUAUCUUACAUAAUAAUGAAAAUGCUGUUCAUCAAUUACUUGCUGCUGGUGCUGAUCCAAAUUUAGUUGAUAAUGAUAAUAAUACGGCAUUACAUUUAUCAACUUUAUUAAUGAGUAAAUAUAAUCAAUCAAAUAUUCUUUUAGCUUUAGUUUCUCAUCAACCAAAUAUUUUAUGUCAAAAAAAUAAAUAUGGUUUAAUACCACUUCAUAUAGCUUUAAAAAAUUUUGAUUAUCAAUCAAUAAGUUAUUUAAUGCUUGAAAAUGAUGGAAAUUUAAUUGAACAAGCACAAUAUUCAUUAUUAAUACUUGAUUCAAUUGGACGUCAUUCACUUCACUAUGCUGCUCAUUCAGGUUUAACAACAUUCAUUGAACGUUAUUUUAAAAAAAUGAAUAAAGAUAUUAUUAAUCAACAAGAUACAUUUGGACUUACACCAUUACAUUAUGCAUGUAUGAAAUGGCAUGGACUUGAUGCAAUUGAUAUUUUAUUAAAAUGUGGUGCUGAUGUUAAUAUAAAAUGUUAUACAUAUGGAGCUAUUCCAUUACAUUAUAUUCUUGUUUAUUGUAAUUCAUCAGAUGUAAUUGAACAAUUAAUGCGUGCUGGUAGUGAUGUAUUAAUAUGUACAACAAAUGGUGCAACAUGUUUAUCAUAUUGUAUUAUGCAAAAUGAUAUAAAUUUACUUCAAAAACUUUUUAAUUCAGUAUCAAAACAAACUUUUGAUAUAAUAAAUUUAUUAUUUUUAUCUUGUUUACAUGGAAAAGAUAAUUCAUUACAAUAUAUUCUUGAAAAUUAUAAAGAUAUUGAUUUAAAUGAAACAAUGAAUGAUGGAAUGACAGCACUUAUGUUAGCUUGUUAUUAUGGACAUUGUUCAUGUGUACAUUUACUUUUACAUAGAAAAGUAAAUGUUAAAAAAAUAAAUCAUAUUGAUGGAAAAACUAGUUUACAUUAUGCAGCAAUAAGUGGACAAAGUGAAUGUUUAUUUGCUUUAUUACAAGAAUUACAAAUGAAUCAAGAUGAUUUAAAAGCAAUUAUUAAUCUUCGUGAUAAAAAAGGAAAAACAGCUCUUCAUUAUUGUGUUGAACAUUCUUCACCAAAUUGUAUACGUUUAUUAAUUAAUUUUGGUUGUGCAAAUCCAAAUGUAACAGAUUUAUCAUUAUUAACACCAUUACAUUAUUGUGCGAUUUAUAAUUGUGAAGAAAGUUUACAAGAAUUACUUGAUGUACAUGAUUUAAAAGUUAAUGUUAUUGAUAAGAAUAAACGAUUACCAUUACAUUAUGCAGCUGCAACUGGAAAUAUAACUAUUUUAUCAACUUUAGCUGAUUAUGAUUACGAACAAGUUGCUGAUGUUGAUGGAUUUAGUCCAUUACAUUAUGCUGUUUUGAGAGGACAUGAAACAGCAGUUCGUAUUCUACUUGCUUCUGAUAUUAGUCUUCGAUGUUUAACAACAAGUCGUAUAACACCUGUUCAUCUUGCUUGUAUAUGUGCUGAUUCAACAUGUCUAAAAGCCAUUUUGAAUGCUUUACAAACAGAUAGCAUUUCAACUAUGAUCAAUUUACCGACAAGACUUGAGCAAUUUACACCUUUACAUUUAGCAUCAAUGAUAAAAAAUGGAUCUGAAUGUAUAAAAAUAUUACUUCAUUAUGAUAAUGUUAACGUUGAUGUUAAAGAUCAUUCACAACGUACACCACCUAUGUAUGCAAUUAUCAAUGAGAUUGAUUCCAGUACUAUAGAUAUGUUAGUUUCCAAAUGUAAACAUUUUGAUGCAGUUGAUAAUUUAGGAAAUAAUAUUCUUCAUUAUGCUUGUAUAUUCAACAAUGAACCAAUUGUUGAAAGUCUUUUAAAACGAAAUACAUCUUCAUCAUUUGUUGAAGCAGUGAAUAAGGAAAAUCGGACACCGUUAGAUAUAGCAAGAAAAAAUCAAAUGUCACCAUCGAUAAUUGAUAUUUUAUUUUCUUUAUCUGGUCGAUUGUAA